UCACAAUGAAGCGACAAAAACCUAGUAAAGGAAAAGGGCAACCAGGGCCAUCCAACUCUGACGUAAGGAUGCCGAAGUUGCCCAAAAUACAAAUGCCAGAAGAUUUCAAAAUUCGGACACGGCCGUUAUUUUCUUUGCCCGAAGAAGUCCUCAAGCUGCCUCCGCCCACGUCCAAAGCGGCUAAGAUACAGGCUGCGAAAGCUGGUGGUUCCAGUGGGCCCAAGAGGAGGUCAAGCGUAAUGCAAAGUUAUACGGCGAUGCGGAAGGCUCGAGAAGAGUUCCGUGCCAAGCUGAUGAACCUGAUCUGCCAGUCGCCUCCAGGAGAGGAUGGCGACACCGUCCCCACGUCUGAAGAACAGAACUUGUUGAGAUAUUACUACUAUUUGCGAUAUGGCAUAGACACCAUACACGUCGCGCCACUGGAUAAUAAAAUUAUAUUAAAAGUUCACAAUUUGAUAUCGAUGAAACUUAAGAAGUGGAAGGACACACUGUUCACGUGCACUGAUGAAAUGCGCGAGGAUUUCAUGAUGAGUAUGAAGAAAGCUAUCGUGGAUUUCGUGCUCAAAGAUCCAAAUACGGAAGAAUCGUUAGAAGAAGAAGAUACGCCGCUGAAACAAGAGCUAGCGAAGAAGGACGACGCGUGGAGGAACCGGUACCAGGUGGCGCGGAAGUUCCUAAACAAGAACCUGCACAGCGUCAACCCUUGCAUCGCGCAAGUGCUACAGAUCUGGUUCAAGCAGUUCAAUGACCUGAGACUAAUCAGCAUGAAGGAUAUAAUGCAAAGCAACGAAGCGUACGAGCUACAAGACUUCUGUUUCGUUUGCAAGCGGCACAUCGAUGCGGCCGGUAACGUCUUGUCCAUGCAAUGGAUACCCACGUUACAGGCUGUGUUUCUUCAGGGCAGUAAAAAGAAGCAGAUACCAGAGUCAAAGCAGGUUUCCAAGAUGAAGCACUUCUACAAUUGUCUUGCUUGUAUAAUGACGUACAACCUUCAAACGUUAUGUUUGAAAUCUAUGAAAGAAUUUACUGACUAUAUAAUGGAUGUCGGAGGAACGAACCAGGGUUUCGUGGUAAACCUGGCCUUUGUUAACGACGCCAUAGAGUUCGAGCCCUCAUUCAAACAGUUCAAAGAUCAGCUGUGCCUGUUGUAUGACUUCCUGAUCGACGCCUGCCGACAGUGUCCACGGCUGGAGAUCAUGCUGUACCAGGACUAUGUCGUCACAACCAAAUCUAGGCUGAAGCCUAUAAUAGAUAAUGACCUGGUGGAUAACUAUAAAAAAAUGGUCUCUGAAUUGAUAAGUGAGCAAAGGAUCGGCCCAGAAUUGCGUGUCCAGGAUUUUGACGAUUUCGUCUGUUUGCUCAAUGGACAGUCCCAAAAGCAAGUAGAGGCAUUCCUAAAUGCGGAACCAGAAAAAACAUUUGAAGAAUACUGCACAGAGGCAGUGAAGUAUGUGGAGCUGGCGAAGGAGAUACCUUCAAAGUUGGAGGGGACCAUUGUCAUCGGCAUGUUCCGGAUGCAGAGGGGGGACCUAAUCACGGCACUGAGGGGGGCCGCCACGAGGCUGGCCAACACGCUGCUGAGGAGGAUGACUGAGGAUUACCAGAACCAGAUCAAAGCGAUCUUCGACGAAUACACCUUCAUAGCCACCACAUUGCUGACCCCUCCGCCAGACACGGCGGCUCUGAUGGAUCUGAUAGCAUACAGCAAGAAGGCUGAGGACGUGCUAGUCACAGAGAUGGAAGACAAGCUGAGGAACGUCAUGAAAUACAUCAUGUUCCUCGGAGACUACACAACGUUCACUCCCCUGGAGAUGAAGGCCAACAAUCAGGCGUACCAUUGGUACGCACGACUACCAGGAGUUAUCGAAGAAUGCAAAGUGAUAUGCGAUCAAAAGAAAAUCGAAUAUCAAGAACUUCUCAAGGUUCGCAUUUCUAAGUUCAUUGAUGAUUUGGACAUAUACGAGUUACAAUGCAAUGAAGUCCAAUAUUGGGGAGAGAUAAAUGAGUUACCCAAAUACGUGUCGCGGGCACGACAUUUAGAUGAAAAAUUAUCCACUGCUUUGGCAAGGAUAGAUCAGUUUAACGAAGAGGAGACUUCUUUUGGUUGGGAAUUGUCUCAGUAUCCAAAACGAAAGGCCGUAUAUGAUAGGCUUGUACCAUUCAAGAAAUUAUUCGAUGCCGGAUAUGACUUCUUAGAAAAGCAUAAUAAUUGGAUGACAUCUAAGGUUGGAAGUUUUGAUCCAGAAGACAUAGAAGGAGAUGUCGGCUAUUACUAUAAAAUAGUUUAUAAGUUGGAGAAGCAAUUCCAAGAAGUACCUGACACGCAUCGUUUAGCAUGUUCUGUGAGAGAAAAAAUGGAUGAAUUUAAAACCAAUAUGCCAAUUAUUCAAACACUUGGCAAUCCUGGUAUGAAGCCUCGUCACUGGGAGAAGAUAUCAGAUAUUGUUGGUUUCCCCAUCGUGGUGGACGAGGAACUGUCUCUGGAGAAAGUUAUCGACUUUAACUUGGUGGACUAUAUCGAGAAGUUCGAGGGUAUAUCGGAAGCAGCUACCAAGGAGAACAAUCUGGAGAAAGCGCUGGACAAGAUGAUGAAAGAAUGGGCCGAUCUCAAAUUCGAUAUUUUGCCUUACAAGGAUACUGGAACCUACAUUCUGUCGAGCGUAGAUGAAAUUCAGCUAUUGCUGGAUGAUCACAUUGUCAAAACGCAGACAAUGAAGAACUCGCCCUACAUUAAACCGUUUGAAGAGAUUAUUAUUGAUUGGGAAGGCAAGUUGGUGCUGCUACAGGAGAUUCUAGACGAAUGGCUGAAGGUGCAAGCCACCUGGAUGUAUUUAGAGCCGAUCUUCUCAUCUCCCGACAUCCAGCAGCAGAUACCCGAAGAAGGUCGUCGUUUCAGUGCAGUCGAUAAGAUGUGGCGAGAGAUCAUGAAAGCAUCGUUCACGGAGCCACGAGUUCUGGACGUGAUAAUGAUAGAAAAGAUGCUCGACCGGCUGAAGAAGUCGAACAAUCUACUGGAGAUGGUCCAGCGUGGGCUCAACGCGUACUUGGAGAAGAAGCGGCUGUACUUCCCCCGCUUCUUCUUCUUGUCCAAUGACGAAUUGCUCGAAAUCCUCUCCGAAACCAAGGAUCCCUUGCGUGUACAACCACAUCUCAAGAAGUGUUUCGAGGGCAUCGCGAAGCUGACUUUCACGGACGACAUGGUGGUUACUCACAUGAGGUCAUCAGAGGGAGAGAUCGUAUUGUUGACCAUGACUAUCAAUACUGUGGCGGCAAGGGGACAGGUGGAAAAAUGGCUUUUAGAAUUGGAAAGGUCUAUGUUAUCGUCGGUGCACCACGAAGUGGCUCUGUCGUACGAUGACUACUUACAGAUUCCCAGAGAAAAAUGGGUGCUGGUCUGGCCUGGCCAAGCGGUACAAUGCAUAGCGAUGACGUUCUGGACAUCUGAAGUAACUGAUGCAAUCCACAUCAGUUUGAAUGCAAUGAAACAAUAUUGGGAUAAGUGUAACUUCCAGAUUUCCAAAAUUGUCGACUUAGUGAGAGGAGAACUUAGUUUACAGAACAGGAUAACGUUAGGAGCCCUUGUGGUGUUAGAUGUACACGCGAGAGAUGUGCUCAUGUUGUUGAUAGAGUGUGGGGUCCAACACGACAACGAUUUCAACUGGCUAUCACAGAUUCGUUAUUAUUGGGAGUUACAAGAAGAGGACAAUACUAUGCAGAUCGCGACACGCAUGAUAAACUCGCAACUUAUGUAUGGGUACGAGUACCUUGGGAACACCGGGCGUUUGGUCGUCACACCACUCACAGAUCGCUGCUUCAGGACGCUCUUUGGAGCCUUGCAUCUCAAUUUAGGUGGUGCUCCAGAAGGUCCGGCCGGCACGGGUAAGACGGAGACCACCAAGGACUUGGCGAAAGCAGUCGCCAAACAAUGUGUCGUGUUCAACUGUUCCGAUGGUCUCGAUUACAUUGCCCUCGGAAAGUUCUUCAAGGGUCUUGCGUCUUGCGGAGCGUGGUCUUGUUUCGACGAGUUCAACAGAAUCGAUCUGGAAGUGCUAUCCGUAGUGGCUCAGCAGAUCCUCUCCAUUCAGCGUGGAAUCAAUUCUGGUGCAUCAGAACUCUUAUUCGAAGGCACGCUGCUGCAAUUGAACAAAUCGUGCGCUGUAUUCAUCACUAUGAACCCUGGUUAUGCAGGACGUUCUGAGUUGCCUGAUAAUCUGAAGGCUCUCUUCCGUUCCGUGGCUAUGAUGGUGCCAGAUUACGUGUUGAUCUCUGAGAUUGAAUUGUAUGCCUUUGGCUAUUUGAACGCGAAACCAUUGGCUGUGAAGAUCGUCGCCACUUACAGGCUGUGUUCAGAGCAGUUGUCCUCUCAGAGUCAUUACGAUUACGGUAUGCGUGCCGUAAAGUCCGUACUGCGUGCAGCCGGAGCGCUGAAGUUGCGUUACCCUGAUGAAGACGAGGAUGUCAUUCUGCUGCGUUCUAUCAAGGAUGUCAACCUGCCCAAGUUUUUGGAGCAUGAUGUGCCCUUGUUCAUGGGCAUUAUUGGCGACUUGUUCCCUGGCCUGCCGCUGCCUGAGGCUGGCCUGCCGCACUUGGUCGCCUGCUUGAUAGAAGUGUGUGUGCCACUCAACUUGCAAGCCAAUGACUUCUUCAUUGAAAAGGUAUUACAGCUGUACGAGAUGAUUCUCGUACGUCACGGGCUCAUGUUGGUAGGAUUCCCCUUCUCAGGGAAGACGAAGUGCUAUCACGCUCUCGGAGCUGCGUUAGGACUGGUUUCAGAAAAGGGCCUUAUGGCUGAGAAUGCCGUCGAAUGGACUGUGAUCAAUCCGAAGUCGAUCACUAUGGGUCAGCUGUACGGGCAGUUCGACCCGGUAUCUCAUGAGUGGUCUGACGGCAUUCUAGCCGUCAGCUACCGCGCCUUUGCCGUCUCCACCAAUGAUAACAGGUGCUUUGUCACUUAUAAAAAGUGGCUCAUUUUCGAUGGCCCAGUGGACGCAAUUUGGAUCGAGAAUUUGAAUACAGUGUUGGACGACAAUAAGAAACUGUGUCUUAUGAGUGGUGAGAUCAUUCAGCUGGCACCCACCACCAACCUGGUGUUCGAGCCCAUGGACCUGGAGGCUGCCUCGCCGGCUACUGUGUCUCGUUGCGGUAUGAUCUACAUGGAGCCCAAAGGCCUGGGCUGGAAGUGUCUGAUGGAGUCGUGGCUGAACACGUUGCCGCCGACCUUCCACAACGUGAACAAGAAUCUCAUCCGGAACUUGUUCAACAGGUUCAUGCCGCCGCUACUGUGGCUCGUCGAACUGUCUGGGAAGACCAAGCAAAUGUACGUGACGUCGCGUAGUAACCUGGUGUUUGCUUGUAUGAGUUUAUAUGAUACUUUUAUGGACGACUUUUACGAUGAAAAAUAUGUGGAGGCAAUAUCGGAUCUUGACAUGAGAGCACAGUUGGAGGGAGUAUUUUUCUUUUCGGCCAUUUGGUCCAUUGGAGCAACGUUGGAAGCCGACAGUCGUCCAAAAUUCGAUAUGUUGUUCAGAGGAUUAUUGGAAAAGGAGUUUCCAGAAAAGGUCAUAGAAACUCUGAAAUAUCCGAAGGAAAUAGCAAAGCCAGAAAAACAGUAUAUAUUUUCAAUACCCAAAGAAGGAAUGGUUUACGAUUACCGGUACAUAAAAGAGGGUAAAGGCAAGUGGAAGCCUUGGAAUGACGACGUGGUGUCAGCUCCACCAAUCAGCCGUGACACUCCCCCCAAUCAGAUUCUGGUGACGACAUUGGACAGUGUGCGAUACCUGGCGCUGUUCAAGCUGUUGGUCACCCAUCACAAGGCUGUCAUGAUGGUCGGACCCACCGGAACUGGAAAAUCAUCUUAUAUAAUCGAUUACCUAGUGAAGCGGGUCGACACAAAAGUGUACAAAGCUUUGAUAAUGGCGUUCUCGGCGCAAACAAAUUGCAAUCAAACUCAAGAUAUCAUUAUGGGGAAACUCGACAAGAGAAGGAAAGGUGUGUUUGGUCCUCCGAUCGGCUGCUACAGCGUGGUGUUUGUAGAUGACGUCAGCAUGCCCCAAGCGGAGACGUAUGGAGCCCAGCCGCCUAUUGAGGUGCUGCGGCAAGGAAUUGAUCUUGGUCUGUGGUACGACCGCAAGACCAAUGUGGCUAUGCAUCUCAUUGAUGUUCAAUUCAUGUGCGCCAUGGGCAAACCAACGCCUGGAGCAAAGUUGAUCACUCCGAGGUUCUCCCGUCAUUUCGCGUUCUUCUGCAUCGACGAGUUCGAUGACGAUACCUUGCAGACUAUCUUUGGAAGAAUCAUGUUGUGGCAUCUGGACACUAGAGGAUUUUCUAAAGACUUCGAUCCAUGCAUUGACGAAAUCGUGUUGGGUACAUUAGAAGUAUACAAACAAUGCAGACUUAACUUAUUGCCCACACCUUCCAAGUCUCACUACACCUUCAAUUUACGAGAUUUCUCCAGAGUUAUUUUGGGUGUACUGCUAUCAGUGCCUGAGGUGACGCCAGAUUUGCAAUCGAUAAAGCGGCUGUGGGUUCACGAGUGCUUACGUGUGUUCUCUGAUCGCCUAGUGGAGGAAUCUGAUAGACAGUGGCUGGUGCAAUGUCUCAGGGAAGCCACUGCUAAUUACCUCAACGAUGACUUCGAUAGCAUGCUCUCCCGCCUUUUGAAUGGACCAAAAGACAAGAUAACAGAUUUGCAUUUGCGUAAUCUGAUUUACUGUGAUUUCGCAAAUCCUAAAAUCGACACGCGGUUCUAUAUGGAGACAGUGAAUAUGGAGCAUCUGAAUGCUACAGUAGAUGCGUUCCUUGUUGAAUUUAACAACAUGUCCAAGAAGCCUAUGAAUCUUGUACUCUUCAGGUUUGCAAUCGAGCACGUGUCUCGUAUCUGCCGCGUGCUAGCGCAGCCUCGGUCGCACGGCCUGCUGGUCGGGCUGGGCGGCUCGGGCAGGCAGUCGCUGACGCGCCUCGCCGCUCACAUCAACGAGUACGACCUGUUCCAGGUGGAAAUGUCAAGAACGUACGGUAAGAAUGAAUGGCGUGAAGAUUUGAAGACUCUUCUCAGAAAAUCAAGCACACCUGAUUUGCAUAUGGUGUUCUUGUUCAUAGAAUCACAGAUUAAAGAAGAAGGGUUCUUGGAAGAUGUGAACAAUAUGCUAAAUUCGGGUGAAGUGCCAAAUAUAUUCGGAGCUGAUGAGAAAGCUGAAAUUUGCGAGAAAAUGAGAGUUAUCGACAGACAGCGUGAUAAGUCACUCCAAACGGAUGGUAGCCCUACAGCUUUGUACGCGUACUUCGUGUCCAUAGUCCGCGACCAACUUCACAUCGUGCUGGCGAUGUCUCCCGCCGGCACCUCGCUGAGAACUCGUAUUCGCAAGUUCCCCGCUUUGGUCAACUGCUGCACCAUUGAUUGGUUCCAGGAAUGGCCUCCAGAUGCAUUACUUGCGGUAGCGACGCGUUUCCUUAAAGACGUUGAGCUCACGGAUUUGGAACGGGAGACGGCCAUCAAGCUGUGUCAGAUCUUCCACACAGACACCCAGGAGUUGACCCGCGCGUUCUUGUUGCGACUGAAGAGAUACAACUACGUCACGCCGACCGCGUACCUCGAGCUGAUUAACAUGUUCAAGGCGCUGCUUGGCAAGAAACGCACAGAGUUACUGACGGGAGAAAAGCGAUACAUAACCGGGCUGGACCAACUGGCAAUUGCUGCUAAAUCAGUGGCCGCUCUCCAAGUGGCUUUGGAGAUCUUGCAACCGAAGUUGGCAGCUGGCGCCGCGGCCGUGGCUGUGACCACAGCCAAAGUCGAGAAGGAGAAGGAAGGAGUGGCCUUGGUAGAGGCUGAUGUGCUUGUCGAUCAAGCUGCCGCGGAAGAACAAGCAGGAGCAGCCCAAGCCAUCAAAGAUGAGUGCGACGCGGAUUUGGCGGAAGCUAUGCCGAUCCUCAACUCUGCCUUAGCGGCGCUGGACACCCUUACACCUCAAGAUAUCACCUUCAUCAAGACCAUGAAGAGUCCGCCUAGAGGCAUCAAGUUGGUCAUGGAGGCCAUUUGUAUAUUGAAGGAAAUGAAACCAGACAAGAUUCCUAAUCCGUCCGGAGUAGGAACAAUCGAGGACUACUGGGGUCCCUCCAAAAAGUUGCUCAACGACAUAAAAUUCCUGGAGGGGUUGCAGAACUACGACAAGGACAACAUCCCGCCGCCUGUGAUGAAGAAGCUUCAAGCCACUGUCAUGCAGGAUGAGGGCUUCGUACCAGAGAAGAUUAGGGCUGUGUCCGUGGCCGCUGAAGGAAUGUGCAAGUGGGUGAUUGCAAUGACGAAAUACGACAAGGUAGCCAAAGUGGUGGCGCCAAAGAAAGAGCGCCUCGCGGCUGCACAGGCGGUCUAUGACAAGGCCAUGGCUGCAUUGGCCAUCAAGCAGGCUCAGCUCAGGGAGAUUCAAAUGAAAUUGAAAGGCCUCGAAGAUGCAUUAGCCGAACAGAGUCGUCAGCAGAAGAUGUUGGAUGACGAGGUGCUUGACUGCAGUAACAAGUUGAAGAGGGCAGAGAUGUUGAUCUCCGGACUCGGCGGUGAAAAGACCAGGUGGACGCAGAUCGCGAAGGAUUUACGAGCCACGUAUAAUUCACUUACAGGUGACAUUUUGAUUGCGGCUGGCAUCAUAGCUUACCUUGGGCCUUUUACGGCUAUAUUCAGAUUAGAUCAAGUAAAGAAGUGGGCUCAAGCUUGCUAUGACUGUGGUAUCGUGUGUACUCUGAACUUUAGCUUGAUCCAAGUUCUCGGCGAGCCUGUUACCAUUCAGGACUGGAAUAUCAAUGGCUUACCGGCAGACGACUUCAGUGUUGAGAGUGCUAUUAUUAUCAAAACGGCUCGUCGAUGGCCGCUAAUGAUAGACCCUCAAGGACAGGCCAAUCGCUGGAUCAAGAACAUGGAGAAGCCUAACAACCUCUGCAUUGUGCGCAUGACACAAGCUGACUUGGGCAGAGUGCUGGAGAAUGCUGUGCAGUUUGGACAGCCGGUAUUGCUAGAGAAUGUUCUAGAAGAGUUGGAUCCAAUGUUGGAACCCCUACUACAGCAGCAGACCUUCCGUCAGGGUGGUGCGCUUUGUAUCAAAAUUGGAGACACCAUCGUUGAAUACAACAAGGAGUUCAAAUUGUACAUAAGUACGAAGCUAGCGAAUCCUCAUUACUUGCCCGAAGUAGGCGUGCGUGUCACCCUAGUGAACUUCAUGCUGGCCAAAGACGGGUUGGAAGCCCAACUGUUGGCCAGGGUGGUGGCCCGCGAGCGGCCGGACUUGCAGCAGGCCAAGUCUGAUCUGACCACGCAGGGCGCUGAGCACAGGCGGCUGUUGCAGGACAUUGAGAAGAAGAUCCUUAACGUCUUGUCUACGUCUGAACAUUUGCUGGAAGACGAGGAGGCCGUGCAGAUUUUGAAUUCCGCAAAAGAUACAUCUAACGAAAUCAAGGAGAAGCAAGUAGUAGCGGUAGAGACUGAAAAAAUGAUAGACACGGCGCGAGAUGACUACGUGCCCAUCGCUGUGCAUUCCACCAAUUUAUUCUUUUUAAUUGCUUCCCUGGCGAAUAUCGACCCAAUGUACCAGUACUCCCUGGGCUGGUUCGAAGGUCUAUUCACGGCGUCCAUAGACAACACAGAAAAGGUUGAUGAAAUUCCCGAAAGACUUGCCAUAUUGCGGUCUUACUUCACAUAUUCACUGUAUGCGAACAUCUGCAGGAGUCUCUUUGAGAAGGAUAAGAUGGUGUUCUCCCUUCUGCUGACGAUCACGAUCAUGGUGGCCGAGGGUCGAUUGCCGCAGGCCGAUGUGUUGUUCCUGUUGGGAGGAGCUCGCCCCACCAACGUGCCGCCCAAUCCUGUGGCCUUCCUCAGUCCGCAGGCCUGGACCGAGUUUAAUGGACUGAACGAAUUCGAAAAAUUCCACGGCAUAGUGGAACACUUCACAAGCAACCUGCCCGUAUGGGAGGCCUACUGCGACACCCCGGACCCGCAUAUGCAGCCGCUACCUGAGCCGUACCAUACCAAGCUCAAUUCCUUCGAGAAAAUGAUGGUGCUGCGCUGCCUUCGUUUGGACAUGAUGGUACCCGCUGUACAAAACUUUGUAGAAGCUCAAAUGGGUCGUCCAUUCGUGGAGCCGCCGCUGUUCGACCUGGCGUCUUCGUACGCCGACUCGCAUUGCUGCAUCCCGCUGCUCUUCGUACUAACUCCUGGCUCAGAUCCUAUGGGCACCUUGCUCAAAUUCGCUGACGACCAAGGUUUUGGUGCAUCUCGGCUUUUCUCACUGUCACUGGGCCAAGGCCAGGGUCCGAUCGCGGUAAAGCUGAUAGACGAGGGCGUGCGCAGCGGCACCUGGGUGGUGUUGCAGAACUGCCAUCUGGCCAAGAGUUGGAUGCCCAUGCUGGAGAAGAUUUGCGAGGGCCUGUUGCCAGACUCUACUCAUCCAGAUUUCCGUCUUUGGCUGACGUCAUACCCAGCAGAUCAUUUCCCCGUAUACGUCUUGCAGAAUGGUGUCAAGAUGACCAAUGAACCGCCACAAGGUCUACGCGCGAAUAUUGCUCGUUCCUACCAAAGCGACCCAAUCAACGAUGCCGAGUGGUUCGAAGGCAACAAGCAACCGGAGAACUUCAAAAAGCUACUGUUUGCCCUCUGCUUCUUCCACGCCGUGGUCCAGGAACGACGGCAGUUUGGGCCACUGGGCUGGAACAUCAGAUACGAGUUUAACGAAACGGAUUUAAGAAUAUCUGUGACGCAGUUGUAUAUGUUCCUCAAUGAAUACGAUGACGUCCAAUUCGUGGCGCUACGCUAUCUGACUGGUGAAUGUAACUACGGCGGGAGGGUCACCGACGAUUGGGACCGCCGCUGUCUCAACACCAUCCUCUUCAAGUUCUACAACCCUCGCACGAUUUACGAUGAGAAGUAUACGCUUGACCCAUCAGGGACAUACUACAUCCCAAACCUGCGUGAGCACAGCGACUUCAUAGCUUUCGCGCGGUCGUUGCCUGUGGCCACGCCGCCCGGGGUGUUUGGCUUCCAUCCCAAUGCCGACAUCACCAAGCAUUUCCGCGAGGCCGAAGAAUUGCUCAACACUGCUAUUCUGACACAGGACACAAUGUCUGCUGGUGGCGCUGGUGCCACUCCCGAGCAGCAAGCCAUGGAGAUAUCCGAGGAUAUCCUGCGUCGGCUGCCAGCCAAGAUCCUGUCCGGGCCGUCGCACGAGGGCGACAUCAAGCCUGCGGACAUGACGCCCAUGUCUAUCGUGGUGAUCCAGGAGGCCGCCAGAUACGAUCGCCUGGUCAACAUUGUCCGGAGUAGCGCCCGGGCCGUUAUUGGAGCCGUGCAAGGCGUGAGCGUACUGAAUGAUAUCACAGAGGAGGUGCUGACAAGCAUGGUACGCGGGCGCAUCCCCGCGCUCUGGGCCGGCAAGAGUUACCCUUCACUCAAACCUCUCGCCGCAUACUUCAACGAUCUGCUGGCCAGGCUGGCCUUCUUGCAGCACUGGCAUCAACAUGGCCCUCCGAUAGUGUUCUGGCUGUCCGGCUUCUACUUCCCGCAGGCCUUUCUCACGGCCGCCCAGCAGAGCUACGCCAGGAAGUACAAGAUUCCCAUCGAUCAGCUCGCUUUCCACUACGAGGUGCAACGCGAAUGGGACUUCGAUGAGGUGCCGCCGGAGGGCGUGUACAUCCGAGGGCUGUUUAUGGAGGGCGCGCGCUGGAACAAUGACAUCUACUUCAUCGACGAGUCCUUCCCUAAGAUUCUGUAUGAUGAAUUCCCUCCGGUAUGGCUGAUCCCCCUGAAGCGCGAGGACAUUCCACAGGACGUAUUUUACAACUGCCCUCUUUACAAGACUGGCGACCGUCGCGGCGUGUUGUCCACAACUGGGCACUCCACCAACUACAUUCUGUUUAUGCGACUGCCCACUAACCAGGAACCUGAUCACUGGAUCAUGAGGGGAGUCGCUCUACUCACACAGCUACCCUUCUAAUGCUUGCAGCAAAUAGGGGUGAUGUCAACAGCUGGGCAUUAUAACUACAUCCUAUCCAUGCGAAUGCCCACCAACCAGACCUGAUCACUGGAUCAUGAGGGGAGUCGUUCUACUCACACAGCUGCCCUUCUAAUGCUUACAGCAAAUGAUGAAUUGGGCAGUCCAUACACAUCUUAUUCAUGCACCUACCUGCCAUCCAGGGAGGCUUUUACUAAUACAACUAUCCUUCCAAUGUUUACAGCAUCUUUUUCUUGUCCAUUGCUUGUACUCCAAUUUAUUAGGGGUCAGCUCUCCUGGUAUUUAUUUGCCAUACCUCAUGGUUUGGGGUUGUCACUUCGUUUUACUAAAUUGGCUGCUUUUAGGUCCUUAGUAUCUUUGGUUGGUGGAGCAUAAACUUACAAGCGUGUUUAUAUACAAUUUGAAGGGAUUCCACUUUGGAAAACUUACCUAGCUUAGACUUUGCUGUAAUUAUGCGAAGAUUUGACAUACCAUUAAAUAAUCUUCAAAUGUAAUGUUAUAACGUUAGGAAGAACUCGCUAAAAUUAUAAUUUUCGUCUUACGUUUAAGCGAGUUUUUUAAGUAUCUAUGCGGAAAAUCUAAUAAUCAUGUAUCUGAAGUAUACUAUAAAUAAUAGAUUUAAUAUGUAAAGGUACUUAAAUUUUUAUUUAUUUCAGUUAUGUUUUUAUCUAGUUAUUAUGUUUAUAAUUAAUUCUAACUUAUGUUGUCCUAUUAAUUUAUUCAGUCUUCUUUAUAUUUUUAUUAAAAG